AAAAUCACAGUUUCCCAUUUCCGAUUCUAAAAUCUUUGGGUUUGGACUGCGAAUAAAACUGUUUACUCCUGAGCAACUCUUGACAGCCAACCGUAAGACCUCGAAACCAGUGCGCGAGUAAUGGCGCACGCAAAAAAACUUCUCCAAAAUCUCUUGAACAUGUAGCAUUUGAAGCGUUUCAGGAAAAAAACAUUGAUAUAAUCAAUUGUUCACUCGAUCAAGUUGUAAUAGGCCCCUCAGAAUGCGUAGCUCUGUUUUGGCGUGUUUGGUCGUAGUGUUGAACAUCUUCUACACACRCUCUGUUGARGUGACAUUCCGAGGAAACCAAUAUUUCAGCUACAGUUUGAAUGGUAAUCCRAUUCCUACAGACAAGAACGUCAUCUCUCUUCGUUUUAAAACAAUCCAUCCUUCGGGGCUGCUGUUAUACAGCAACGGAAUCUCAGACUAUAUCCAACUGGAGUUGAUUGACGGCGCCCUCAAAUACACUCUCUACCUAGGAGGUGAAGAGAAAAGCGAAAUACGAGCUGGCAAAAACUUAUUCAACGGCGAAUGGCACACAGUGAUCGUGCAACGAAGGCAAAGGCAGACGACACUGCAAGUCGAUUCYCAAUCUCCCAUGACYAAAAUUCUUCCAGGACAAUACAAUAAACUAAAUUUAAACAGCUAUAUAUUUGUCGGAGGGAUGAGUGCCGCCACAAAAUUGAAUCGUAAAGUCUCAGCUCCUSACUAUCGUGGAUGCCUCGGAGAUUUGCACUUUGAUAGUAUUAAAUUACUGGAAGGAUUACAGAACAUGCUAUUACCUUAUUUCAAAUAUGGAACGAUACCAUUUAAAUGCCAACUGGAAGAUWAUCGUCCCGUUACGUUUCUGAAUCAAAGGUCGUACGUCAAAGUUACUUUACCUAAAUUACCACAAGACAACGAUACUUUUUCCGCGAGCUUCAAAUUCCGCACGUUUUACGGAAACGGACUCCUGUUCUCGCGYAACGCGAUCAAAGUUAAGAUGUACGUAAGGUUGGACAAAGGGGCAUUGCAUUAUGACGUAACGGCUAACGGAACGAGGACGAAUAUCAAAUUAGGAAGCAAUUUGCAGGACGGAGAAUGGCAUGACGUCAACGCGACAAUYGUCCCACCAAAAGUCAGCCUUCAGUUAGACGGUGAUGUACACUCGCGAAUUCUAAACAUGACCUCACUGUUACUUGAUUAUUCCAAUAARUCCCGGAUGAAAAUCUUCGCAGGUCGAGGCGGUUCGGCGUCAAAGUACCCGGGAUUUGUGGGAUGUAUGUUGAAUCUGAACGUAGACAGUCAUAAGAUUCCCCUCAAAGCAAUGAACAAGAAGAAACAUUCAUAUGGAGUUGAGGUCUCGAAGUGUACCACCAAGAACAGGUGCUUACCAAAUCCUUGUCAUAAUCGAGGGUUGUGUAUCCAAGACUGGGAGAAGUUCUACUGCGAUUGUCACGGCACAUAUUUUGAAGGGAAAAAGUGCCAGAGUCCAGUGUUUAAGCAAACRUGCGAGGAUUAUAGACGACUUGGGCUGAAGAAAGAUUCACAUUGCUUGCUACAUACUGGACGAAUUAAAGCUAAGGACAGAUUUACGGCUCUUUGCAACGUCACAAAUCCUGAAAGGGCAUACACUGUUAUUAAACACAAUCUUGGGACUAAUUCCAUUCGAGUCAAGGACGGCGAGCUUGUAGCUGAAAUGUACGUCCAUAAAAUUUACUAUCAAAACUUAGAAGAAGAUCAAAUCGCAGCCCUCAUUCGUCACAGCGAAAAAUGUCGACAGUUCGUCCGGUUUGACUGUAUAAAUGCCAAACUGUUGAACUCKCCCAGUGAUCGUUCACAUGCUUACUGGGUGUCGCUUAACCGAAUCAGACACAACUACUGGGGAGGGGCAAAUGUGAGCGGAAAGUGCGCAUGCGGAAUGAGUAAGCCUAGCAAGUGUGCAAACCCCGCCAAAUUCUGCAAUUGUGACGUCAAGGAUAGGUAUAAAUGGCGAACUGACGCGGGUUACCUUGACAUCAAGAAUCAACUCCCAGUAAUGACGAUUAUGUUCAAUAAAAAGACCGGGAAGACGGAUAGUAGUUUCAGCGUCGGGCCGCUGGAAUGCUGGGGAAGAACCGACAAAAAGCCAGUGACGACGACUGUAGAGGAUCUCAUCAAAAGUGCAUGCUAUCCGGUCGUUGAACCAACAACUCUUCCCCCGACAGUUACCACGGUAACAAGGACGACUGCAGUAACAUCAGCACCGUGUCCAGUGGGUGAGAUAUGUUUUAAUCUAACGUUCCCUACUGAUCCGACGGGACCAAUAAAGUGGACAAACCCACCAACAGUCGAAAGCACAACGACCAAAGAGAUAAAAGACUUCAAUGUUCAGUCAAAAAMGUCAAGGGAAGACCCAGGAUUAGGGACGACUGGAAUUGUUCUCAUUUCGUGUGCAUUGGUGAUUUUACUUCUCUUAAUGUUGAAAUUCGCGCUGCCGAAAAUCAUCUCAUGCGUACGUACGCAUAGCAAACGAGGCGAGUACAUUGUGCCUAAUUCCGGUCCGCCUGGUUACCCAGCUCGUCUCAUGCCCCUUGUGACAAAACGGGCGUCGCGGGGCCGACAGCUGACGCAUGGCGAGAACUCUCACUUGCCAACUGAACAUAACAACGGUAGCAUAGGAGGGUUAGGGACUAACUCUUAUUGGGUGUAGCCAUGGUAACUUCCAUGACGUCAACUGGAUGUCACGUGGUUAAGACCGAAAAGAAAUGCACCAAUAGGAGUACAUCUGGUGUAGAGGCGAUGAUUUCUGCUUGAAUUUGAUCGAGAGAUUGAAAUCGGUUUCACAUUUGUGGCUUCCCCUGCAUAUGWAAAGCUGCCGCCAACGGCCAGCUUGUAUCCAAAAUAUCUGUUAAAUCAAUUCAUGUGGAAUGUCCCAUAGAUUUUCUUGAUUUACAGAUUGGUUAUGACAUUUUACAAUAUCGAUAUUUACACCUAAUUGAAAAAAAAACGUAGUCGGGUUCCAAAGGUUACAUUAGCAAAGCUAAGACCAAAAGGAAUCAUGCGAAAACAAAUGUUGCUGUUAAAGAAAUGUUUCUGAAUGCCAAAAGAUUGCCUCUGCAUUGAAUAAAGGGUCUUUCUCCCGAAAUAAACUCCUUCCAAUAACUUUCCUUUAUUAUUAUCUUCUCUACAAGCAAUGCUAUUGAUCAUUUUCAACCAUUCCCAUGAAAUUCAAGAGAUAAAAGACCGGCGGCCAUGUUGGAUGAAUGAACAAUAGAUACUAAUGAGAAAUUAUUCGUUGAAGUUCCUCCAAGAUGGCCGCUGUGACGUAACUUUAAAACGAAGAAUAAUGCAACAGGCUUAGGCAAAUAUGAUAUCAUGCCAAUUUCUGAGUACUUAAAAUUCCCUUCGGUGUUAGCUUCGAUGAUUUCAAGUUUUUGUGACCCGACAAAGAUUUUUCAAUAAGUUAAWAUAAGGGAUUGCACAAUAUUUAUAWUUGGCCAAAAAGCACAGAAUCUGAUACUGUUAAUUUUUCACUUUCCAAUUAAAGUUCUAGUUAAUUUUAGACGUUGCCCCCUCUUUAAAGACAUAAAAUUAGAUUUUGCCCCCCCCCCUCUGGAUUCUCAACCCCCCCUCCCCUCGUGAUAAGACCUGAUAGAUAUUGCGCUGUCCCAAUUUUGUUUAAGAAUAGAUCAAUUAUUUAAGUUAGUGAAUCAAAAGCCAAGCAUUGUGAGACAUGGGGAUGGGUGGGGAGUCGCAAUGACUGUGAAACGUUUUUGAUUGACACCAAUGAAAGACGCUUUUCAAUCAAAAUAAUUUUGGCAAAUAUUUGAAUUGUAAUUAAAAGGUAUUGUAAAAAAAAACAGUUUAUCAUACUUGUGAAGAAUUCAGUCAGUUGAGUUUUAGCGUUGUACUAAAAGGAAKCCAUCAAAAGAAGUUGUUAUUGUUACUUAAUUAUAUUAUGAAGAAAGAGUUAUAAUAGAAUAGAAUCCAUUUCAGGAGGUGUUUUUCCAAGGGUUCUAGGGAACCCCCUUUCCUUCUUGGCAGAUGGAUGCUUUGAAAUAGCUGACUUAAUUUUCCAAAUCAAUAGUUAAAUACAUUUGGAAUAGUCUAUUGGACUAUUGGACUGUUGGCAACAGUUUGUUUGGCGAAAAUAAAAAAAAACAAUACCCGUGCAAUUUUGCAGUCAAUCACCUUCUUCACGGUCUUGAAACCACWARAAAAGGUGGAACCCUCCCUCGUGAAGCCCCUCUACACGCCUUGCAUUUGGACAAAAAGAGUUGACACAUUUCACUUAUGACGUUUAGGUUCCACUGGCAAAACUCGSGCACUUUAAAGGUUGUACAUUUGAUGUAAAUAUGAUGUAAGUGUCCAAAAUGAUGUAAAUUUGAAGURAAUGACCACCAUACUGAUACUACAUGACAUUUACAUCAAAUUUACAACCUUAAAAGUGCGCGAUUUUUUCCAGUGAUUUGUGUGUAUACUUUGAGAUUACACUACACUUCUCUCCCCUCCCCCCUGAUCUAAUGUUGUGCCAGUGGGUAAAGGUCCGUAAUCUCUUCGGCUUCUUGUCAUGCAUAAAUGUGAUUAAAAAGCAGAAUUUAUAACGUGCGACAAUCACGUUGCUCAAGGAAGCAGGUCAGUUAAAUAGCUAUUUGUUAUUGUUGUUGUAGAAAUUUAGUAAAUUUAAUAAAAAGCAGAACUUUUAAUGUGCGACAAUAACGUUGCUCAAG